AUGGACAUUGGCACAUCGCGCCCAACCCUCUUCGACGGCAUCCGCAAUUUCUGCGGCGUCUCUCUUGUCGGCGCCUUUACCUCGCAUCUUUUGCUGCUCAUCGGUGACUCCGGUGUCGGCAAGUCUUGUCUGCUGCUUCGUUUCGCCGACGACACCUACACCGAGUCCUACAUCUCAACCAUCGGUGUCGACUUCAAAAUCCGGACGAUCGAGCUCGAUGGCAAGACCGUGAAGCUGCAGAUUACAGAACCGAACCAAACCGAACCAAACCAAACCAAACCGUGGAAUGCUAACUUCGCCUCGCAGUGGGACACGGCUGGCCAGGAGCGCUUCCGCACAAUCACCUCCUCGUACUACCGCGGCGCCCACGGUAUCUGCGUCGUCUACGAUGUCACCGACAUGGACUCGUUCAACAACGUCAAGCAGUGGCUGCAGGAGAUCGACCGGUACGCCACCGAGGGCGUCAACAAGCUGCUGGUCGGCAACAAGAGCGAUAUGUCCGAGAAGAAGGUCGUCGACUACCAGGUCGCCAAGGAGUUCGCGGACAGCCUGGGCAUUCCCUUCCUCGAGACCUCCGCCAAGAACGCCAGCAACGUUGAGCAGGCCUUCUUGACAAUGGCCCGCCAGAUUAAGGAGCGGAUGGGUAGCACCGCCACAAACAACACCAAGCCUAGCGUGCAAGUCGGUGCUGGCCACGGCGUCUCCAACAACCAGAGCGGCGGCUGCUGUUAA